AUGGAGGAAGCAGCCACGGGCAACAGUGGCUGCAGCUGGAGUGAGCGAGCGCGACAAGCCACCGGAAACGGAGCUACGGCCGCGCCCCGCCCCCAGCCCCCGCGCGCUCCCCCGCCCGGCCUCCUCUCCCUGGGGGCGGCCCUGCGCGCCGGCCGUGGCGUCACUUCCGGCCAAGUCGGAGCGCGAAAAAAGGUCCCUGGUUAUUUGAGCUUCGAACCCCGUUUGAGUGGGAGUUGUUCGUUGUCUGCUCUUUUCUCCUCCUCCUACAAGGAAGUAGAUAAAGGCUAUGGGAGUAGUGGAGUGACAAGAUGGAUUGACAUGAUGGAGUUCCGCACACCUGACUUCCCAUGCCCGUCCUUGACUGAUUAUGCCCUGUUACAUGAGAGAGAGGAACAAUUAUGUAACUUUGAGUGUGGAAGCCAUGACAUAAGGAGGGCAGAAUUAAAAGAUGGAAUGAUCAAGAAAGCUCGUUACGGUAGCAACCGGACCAGGGCCUGCUUGCUGAGCCUUUUUGGCCUCCCCCCAGAGUCAUGUAAUCUUCUCUGGAAAGCUGUGUUAGCUCAGACUCCAAGUUGUCUGUAUUCUGAUUCAGAGAAAACUCAAGGAGACCAGAUCAUCACUCAGGUACUAAUGCUGUGUAAAGUGUUUCUCAAACCCCGGUAAUAUAAAACAAAUCUCUUUCAGAGAAACCAGUUUCCAUGGACCCUCAGUGAUGACAAAUAUUAUUAUAUAAAUGCAAUCAUAAAACUAGAUUUAAGCUCUUUAUGCAUAUAGAUCUUGCACAUUCAUAAUCUCAAAGUAAAUUCACAAAUUAAAUACAAAAAAUAAUGAAAAGCAAUUCAGUUGAAAUUAACAAGACUUAAUGAGAAAGAUGCUAUUCCUUUCCUAGAAGUACAUGGUUAUUUGCAACAUAAAUAUGGUAUUGAACCAUAUAAUACAUGUUCUUUUGAACUUAGUAUGCCUAUCAUUUGAUCAUUCAAUUUUUCUGCUACAUUUCUCUAUUGGAAUCAUUUUGCAACCUCAGAUAUAAUCGCUGCUGGUCUUAGUGAGCUCCCUGGUGGUGUGACACCCCACCCUCUUUCCCAAAGAGUCAGAGUUCCUGAUAAUCAUACCUUCCUCAGGCUAGGGUUGCUACACUUCUCCAAUCAUAGUCACAACUGGGAAAGAGAGAAACCAAGAGUUACCCAAGUGGAUCCCCUAAAUUUCACACUUAUUCCUCCUGGCUGUGAUUGUGUCACAGAACCCUACAUCUCCUGCUGAUCAUGGUCUUUUACCUGUGGUGAGAUGAUGACUCCUCUCCAUGUCUGUAGACACAAGGAGCCCCAAGAGCUCAGGUGGCAUCUGUGGCUUUUAGUUCAAUAGGAUUCUUGCUGUGUUGUCUGGUAAGUGUGCUCCCUGCAGAGCACUGAGUUGAGAAGAUGAAAUGCUUCUAAGUCCUCCCAAAUUUUUGGGAAUGAUGAUGGAAAGUGGGGCCAUUCCUGCCUCCACACUUGCUUCCUAAACCCAUGUAUUCUUAUUGAGAACACAGAACCAUGUAAAGUAUUCUGAUUCAAAACAUAUAUUGUGUCCUAGAAAAAUAGUGCCUCAGAGAAUAUUACCUCUAAGCUUCAGCUGUGUCUUUACAAGACCAUUCCGUUCCUC